UUCCACAACGCCGCGCUCUUCAUCCGCGACGGCGCGCGCGAGCUGGCGGCUGAGCUGGCUCUGCCCGAGGCCCGCGCCUACGUGGCGGCGCUACAGCCCAGCAGCUACGUGGCCGUGAGCACGCACACGCCCGCACCUGGCUUCCUGGAGGACGCGUCGCGUACAGUGUGCUACCUGGACGAGGAGGAGGACGCGUGGCGCACGCUAGCCACUCUGCCCCUGGAGGCCAGCACGCUGCUGGCAGGCGUAGCCACGCUGGGCAACAAGCUCUACAUCGUGGGGGGCGUGCGGGGCGCCAGCAAGGAGGUGGUGGAGCUGGGCUUCUGCUACGAUCCCGACGGCGGCACCUGGCGCGAAUUUCCCAGCCCACAUCAGCCGCGCUACGACACGGCGCUGGCCGGCUUUGAUGGCCGCCUCUACGCGAUCGGCGGCGAAUUCCAGAGGAUGCCCAUGAGCUCCGUGGAGCGCUAUGACCCGGUGGCGGAAUGCUGGAGCUUUGUGGCCGACUUGCCGCAGCCGGCUGCAGGCCCGCCCUGUGCGCAGGCGUGUGGCCGCCUCUUCGUGUGUCUGUGGCGGCCGGCUGCCACCACGGCCGUGGUGGAGUACACAGUGCGGGCAGAUACCUGGCUAUCCGUGGCCGAACUGCGGCGUCCACAGAGCUACGGCCACUGCAUGGUGGCCCACCGCGACAGUCUCUAUGUGGUGCGCAACGGCCCUUCCGACGACUUCCUACACUGCGCCAUCGACUGCCUCAACCUGGCCACGGGCCAGUGGACGGCGCUUCCUGGCCAGUUCGUCAACAGCAAGGGAGCGCUCUUCACGGCCGUGGUGCGCGGCGACACAGUCUACACCGUCAACCGCAUGUUCACGAUGCUCUAUGCCAUCGAGGGCGGCACCUGGCGGCUGCUCAGGGAGAAGGCCGGCUUCCCGCGGCCGGGCUCCUUGCAGACCUUUCUCCUGAGGCUGCCUUCUGGCGCCCCAGGGCCUGUGGCCUCGACAACCCCAGAACUGUGAGCCCUAGAAGCCCAGGGUCACAGUUUGGAGGAGUACCAAGAGACUUCCCUGAGCCGUGGCUGAAUCUGUGAAGCUGGCCUUGGGAGCUGCUGGGAACUUCGCUCU